AUAGGAAAAAGUCUGUGGAACGCGUUGGGAAUAUUAUCGUUCCAGCAGCACUAGGUAUACGUGGUUUAAAUGCAAUGUGAAGGCAAUCCAACGUGCUCAGUCUGUGACGUUACGACUCAGGCAUCCACCGGUGAAACAGUUAUGAUACGUGUAAUUAACUCAGUAUUGGUACUUCGUUAGAAUAGCCGUUGAUUUUCACUCAAUCAUUUCGUCAUACUCGUGGUGUGUUGAAAUUGUUUAUCAAAGUUUCGCAAAAUGCCUGACGUCAUUGAACAGAAAAUUAAACAAGUUCUGGGAGGACUGAGUCUCGCUGACAGCGAUGAACUCUGUGACUUUACUCUUGUCGAGCAGAACGAGGCGAUUGAGGCUCGAGGUAUUCAGCCAACGGCGAGUUCCAACUACGUUCCAAUAUGUCAGAAGACUGUGACAUACAUUGUGGCAGCAGUGCUGAUGAACCAGCACGAUGAAGUCCUGAUGAUUCAGGAGGCGAAAGCCUCGUGUGCUGGCAAGUGGUACCUCCCAGCUGGAAGAGUCGAGCCAAACGAGAAUCUCUACGACGCAGUGAAGCGAGAGGUCCUCGAGGAGACUGGGCUCUCGAUGGAGCCCAAGUCCCUGAUCAUGGUGGAGUGCGCCAGUGGUUCGUGGUUCAGGUUUGUCAUGACUGGUGAAGUCACUGGUGGCACAUUGAAGACUCCAGAUCAGGCCAAUGCGGAGUCCCUGCAGGCAAGUUGGGUGAAGAACGUGGAGGAUCUGUCGUUGAGGUCAGCUGAUAUUCUGCCGCUUAUUCAGAGAGGACGGGAGUACAGAAAGGGAGUUAAUCCACCUUGGCAUAGUGCCAUUUUGCCAGCUGAAAAAUCCAGGGAGAAGCUCUUUCUCAGGCUCAUUGUUUGCAUUAAGAGGAAAGCUACGAACCGAAUGCACGUGCUGUUAUCGGAGAAAGCGUCCCUCCACCUCCCAGUUUGUGAGAUAAAUCCCAACCGGAAUCUCCACUCAACGUUGCACAAAUUCAUGGUCGAAGUCUUCGGUGAUGGAGUGGCCCAGCAUCGACCCCACGGUCUUCUCUCAGUGGAGUUCAGUGGAGGAGGUGGUGGUGAUGGUCUGUGCUUCACUCUGCUGGUAUCAUUCCGUCCUCCCCUCGAGGAGGUCUCAAUCAAAGGAAAAUACGUGUGGCACGAGGUAGCCCAGAACGUCGCCGAUGGCCUAGCCCAGCGUCUCCCGAAGAAUAUGACAAUUUCUCUGAACGUAGUUCGUUGAAUGCAUUCACAUCAGGAAUGUGACAUUUUUCCAAAUUGUAUAUAAAUGUUUUAUAUGGAUUGACUAAUUUUAUUCACUUAUUUUUACACGCAACAUUGUUAAGAAAGAAAUUAUGUGAUUGAAGUAUUGAAUAAUGAGGAAAAAUUUGAAUUUAUUACUAAUGUUAUAGUGGAAAAAUGCCUCAAGAAAGUUUUCAAUUCUUCAAUUCAUAUAAAAUUAUUGUAAAUGUGUAAUUUUACACUGAAUUUCAUUGCGUGUUAACCAUUUGUAAAUAAGAAAAUUUGUAAAAUAACUCACUAGCAUUUUAUAUAAGGAGAAAGAGAGAAAACUAACUUUCACAGGAUAUUAGAAACUGUUAUGGAAUCUAGACCAAUUUUUAUUCGUUUACAUUGACAAAACGAAGAAUCUCGUUAUUAAUCAACUAAUUUAUUUUUCAGAAAGUUAAUAAAUGUAUCACGAUGACUUUUUUUAUACAUUUUACUCCAAGACGAACUUAUUCCAUCGAUAUUAUACAUUCUAAUCACUGCUGUUGAUUUUUAAUCACAAUUAUUUUUUUAAUUACAUUUUAUUUUGUCGUCAUAAUCA